GUAAAAACUUUCAACUAUUUCUAUUUCUUCUGUGUCAUUUAAGAGGCUUUCAAGGUGCACUGUACUUCUCAGACCAGAUCUUACUCAUAGAGGAAAUCUGAUCUGCUGCAGCACGGAAACAUCAGCAGUGAGAUGGCGAGACAAAUUCCUUAGGGAGCUGCUUAUAAUCUUCAAGAGCACACAGCAACUCACCUCAAUUCCUUUGUGGACUGAUCAGGAGAAGAAACACUUGAAGAGAACUUCACAGAAAAGACAGGUUUUCAAGCCAAGUGUUCAUGAUAUGAUCCAGCUGGCUUACAGGGAUCAACAAGCCACUUAUGAAAAAUGGUUAAAAACGAAUCCCACCUGGACGAUUUGACACUAUCAAUGCUCCAGAAUAAAACAGUCUCCAUCACUCUCCCAAUUGUGUAUACAGUGGUGGCUCUGGUCAGCAUCCCUGGCAAUUUGUUCUCCCUUUGGGUGCUCUGUUGGCACAUCAAACCCAAAACACCUUCUGUUAUUUUCAUGAUCAACUUAAGCAUCACGGACCUUAUGCUGGCCUUAUGUUUCCCCUUCCAGAUUUAUUAUCACCUCCAAAGCAAUCACUGGACAUUUGGCAAGACUCUUUGCAGCCUUGUGACAGUGAUGUUCUAUUCCAACAUGUAUUCUUCCAUACUGACCAUGACCUUUAUCAGCAUGGAGCGGUACAUGGGUGUGGUACACCCCUUGAAGUUGAUCAAGUGGAGAAGAAAAAGAUAUGCCUUGGCUGCCUGCCUAGCUAUGUGGUUUGCCUUGCUACUAGCCUUCUACCCACUAGAAACUACAGACCUGACCUAUGAAGUGAAAGAAUUAGGGAUUAUAACCUGUUUUGAUGUCCUUAAAUGGAAUAUGCUGCCCAACUUUGCAGCUUGGGUAGCCUUUCUCCUCACUUUAUUUGUUGUGCUGUUUCUGAUCCCUUUUGUUGUAACAGUUGGAUGCUACAUUGGUAUCAUUAGGAAGCUAAUUCAGACAUCAAGCAGAUAUGGCAAUAAGCAAAAGACUAGAUCCAUAUACCUGGCGACAAUUGUCCUUCUGUCCUUCGUCACUUGCUUUGCCCCCAAUAACUUCAUCCUACUUGCACAUAUGAUCAGCCGCCUAUUUUACAACCACAGUUUGUACCCUGCCUACAAGCUCACCUUGUGCCUCAGUUGCUUCAACAAUUGCAUAGAUCCCUUCAUUUAUUAUUUUGCAUCAAAAGAAUUUUACCAGAAAUUCAUGCAAUUGUUUCGCCCUAAGGUACCGCUCAGCGACAGCUUGGAAAACAGAAGGGAAAGUUUAUUCUCUGGCAGGACCAUGUCAGCCAGAUCGAUGUCAAGCGGACCUAUGGAUGGGUUAGAGGGAGUAAGGAUCAAUUUGCAAAGGCAGGAAAGUGUUUUUUAGCUUUA